GUUCCUUGUAUAGUUUCAUUACUUUUUUAUUUGUUGUUUUAUUAAGCUGAGUCUAGUAAGACAUCUGUCAUGCAGGUGUUUAUAUUGAGUGGUAAGACAUCUGUCAUGCAGGUGUUUAUAAUGAGUGAACAUGAACAAAAGUAGCAACAGCAACAGUAGCAGUAGAAACACUGCAUGUGAUGAGAGUGGUAGAAACAGUAGAAACAAUAAUGUCAAGAGAGAACAAACAAUAUGUGAAGUACCAUCUGUGCCACCUGUGUGUGAGGCAGGAAGAGGUACAGUAUUAGAAUCUGGUUGUACUACAGUCAACGUCCCCUCCUCGUACCAAGGGCACACUCAUGUAGAAAAUAGAGGGGGAAGUGCUACCGCAGCCUCAGCUAACUCUUCCUAUCACCACAAUGGCGGAGCUGGUAGUAGUAGGGAAAAUAACGGUAUUGCUGUCUCAUCUAGUUAUCAUCACAGUGGUAGUAAUGGAUCAAAUACCAGUGGGGGAGGAGUUAAUGACUCUUCCAAUAUCCCAACAAGUUACCAUCAGGCAGAAGUUGCAAAUGGGGGACCAAGUGUUGGGGAGGGAGCAGGAGGUGGUGGAGUACCAGCUAAUGUUUCGUCAGGCUACCACCUUUCCCAAGGUGGGGGAGGAGGAGUUGUUGCAGGAAAUGGAGGGCCUGGAGGACAAGUUAAUACAGCUCCCAGUUAUUAUUACUCGCCAAUUCUAAAUUCACAGCAGUCUCUGUUGCGUCCCAUAAUGACUGCUCAACCUCCCUUGUAUUCCCCACUCCUGGCAUCUCAGCAGCACUCGUAUCCUGUACCACAUGCCUCACCUUCUGCAGGAACAGCAUAUUUUGCUAAUUUAAGUGAAACUAUGCGCAGUGGACUGACUGAAAUGUUGCCUGGCUCAUCUGAGAAUGUUUACAAAGAUGUGGGACAGUCUAGCAGGCAAGGUUCAAGCACAGAACAUGCAGGUAAAGCAUGUGAUGCUUCAGACUCUCGCCAGUAUGCCAUGGAGGUUUGCCAGCGCAGACUUCAACAAGAUGGAGGAUAUAACUCUGUGGCUUAUCCCUCAUGUGGAGAGGUUACAACACGGCCAGGCCACGUACAUGACCAACGAACUUUUGACGACUAUUCGCGUAUGGGUGUGUAUAGUGAGGAUGGGACAGGACGAACAUGGGACGGGAUGGGAGGCUGUGGAACAGUGACUUCUACAUCACGGACUACUGUGCCUCCCAAUCACGUGUCACACCCAUACACCUACUCCUAUACAGAUUGCCGCCUUGAUGCUGCCUGGAAUAAGUGUGUGGCAGGGGUGAGCGUAGGUGCUGUAAGUGGAGUGAAUGGGGAAAGUUUUGCCUCCCAAGAACAGCAAGUUGAUAGCCCUCAGGUAAAGCCUGCACCACGAGGUGCUUCUGGUCACACUCUCACAGUCAACAUGAACAUGGGUAUGGGAUCUGCUGAUCCUUCAAUGUCCCGAUGCCACUAUGAGUACCAAGCAAUACCAGGCACACAGAUACCACCAUUUCUACCUUACUUUGCACCGUUGGGCUACCAGCAAGUAACAGAUGCUCGGCUGGAAACUCGUUCUGACCAUCGAUCAUCUUCUCACCGCUCAGAUCAAGCUUGUACUGGGCAGGUAAACCAAGCCAACACAAGACAACUUGAGCUUCAUCUUGCAUCUGCAGAGAAACUUGCCACUCUUGCACUGCCUCCAGCUCAACCACCACCACCACUUCCCUUACCUCACUCAGUGCCAUCCUCUACCCAGCCACAAACAUCAUUAACCCAUACAUUGGCUCCUUCUACCCAGCCAGCACCACCAUUACCUCACACAGUGCCUCCCUCUACUCAGCCACCACCCUCAUUAACCCAUACAUUGCCUUCUUCCACUCAGUCAACACUAUUAUUGACUAAUACACUGCCUCCUUCAGCUCAGCCACCACCCGCAUUAACCCACACAUUGCCUUCCUCCACUCAGCCAACACUACCAUUGUCCCAUUCACUGCCUCCUUCAGCUCAGCCACCACCCCCAUUACCUCACCCAGUGCCUCCCUCUACCCAACCAUUGCUUCCAUUAACCCAUACUCUGCCUGCCUCUACCCAGCCACCACCUCCAUUGACUCAAACACUACCUCCACCAAUUCAGCCUACAGCUUCGUUGCCUCAUACAUUAACCACGAGUCAAGCAAAUGUCAGUACUCACACUAACUCCGAGACCACUGCCCACCAAGAGUGCUUGGCCCAUACAAAGAAUACUGCACUUGAUCUCAUUCAGGAAUGCAGUCAGUGUGUGUAUAAGAAAAAGAGUUCAGAGGAAGUUAUAAAUGAAUGCCAGCCAUGUGUGGUGUGUGACAGUGGUAGUACAAUGACUGUAACACAGCAAGGGGUAGCAGAAGUUGCAGCAAGCUCACUUCCUUGUACCACUGAUGCUCUUGCUCUCACCAAGAAUGGGAUGUCAUCAUCAUACAAGAAGAAGCGCUUGGUAGAGGAGGCAUCCAUGAAUAGUGAUAGUGCUGUGUGCUUGAUAUGCGAUGCAGCAGUGAGUGGUAGUGGCCACCAUGACACCACAAACACACAUUCAACACUGGCUGCCAGUUCUAUGGACUCUCUCAUUACUGUUAUGUCUAAAGUUAGUGUUGGAGACAAGCUGGGAGGGUUGAUGGGUGUUGUCCUGCCUCGCCAUCUUCUUCACUCCAUUAUAAUAUGCAGUAAAUGUUUUCACUUAAUAAAUGAACUUGAUAUUUUAGAGCAUCGUUUCUCUCUAUACAGGAAAUAUCUUGUCACCAAAGUUGAAGCCAAUUGUGAAAAGCAUGGGAUUCGAAUUGCAACUUUUCAAAAGCAGCGCCAUCAAAUACAACAACAACAGCAACUCCACCAGCAGCAGCAACAACAACAGCAGCAGCAGCAACACCAACAUCAGCAACAGCAGCAGCAACAACAUCAGCAACAGCAGCAACAACACCAGCAGCAGCAGCAGCAACAACACACAACAGCAGCACACCACCACCAGCAGCAGCAACAGCAACAACAACACCACCAGCAACCACGACAUCAGCCACAACAGCAACCACAGCAGCAGCAACAGCAACCACAACAACAGCCACAACAGCAGCAACCACAACAACAACCACAACAGCAACCACAGCAGCAGCCACAACAGCAGCCACAACAGCAACCACAACAGCAGCCACAACAGCAACCACAGCAGGAGCCACAACAAAGCCAUCAUCAUCACCACCACCACCACCAUCAUCAUCAUCAUCAACAGCAGCAGCAGCAGCAGCAGCAGCAGCAGCAGCAGCAGCAGCAGCAGCAGCAGCAGCAACAGCAGCAGCAGCAGCAGCAGCAGCAGAUAGUUCACUUCCAGGCCUCACUUCAACAACAGCACUUACCAAAUCUCAUUCUUCAACACCAACAGGAUAACUCUAAUUCACACCAUUCUAGCCAUCACCUUCAAAACAUUCAACAGCAGCAAAUACCUGUUGCAUCACAACACUUGCAGCAACAACAACAUUCAUUGCAUCAACAGCUCCAGCACCACCAGACACAUCAUAUAUCUCAUCAACAGCAGCAUCAGCAACAUCAGCAGCAGCAACAGCAGCAUCAGCAGCAUCAGCAACAUCAGCAGCAACAACAGCAACAGCAUCAGCAACAAGAGCAACAAAACCAACAGCAACAACACCAACAUCAUCAUCAUCAACAACAUCAUCACCAUCAUUCCAUUUCUAUUCAUCAUCAGAAACCUCAACAAUCUAAUCAAUCAAUUAGCCACACUGUGAACCUGCUAGAAACACAGCCACCCCAACAAACACUAAUUAAGCCACACAGUGGUGACAACAAUAUUGUUUUUGUUGAUUGUGACAUUGACAUUGAAGAUUGUGAGUGUAACCUCAUUGGGGAAUCUCAGGUAACCAUAAAAAAUGCAGCCAGUGAUGGUGAGUUGCAGAGCUGUAAAGAUGUUGCUAAAAAGGAGGAAAUAAAAUUGGUAAAAUCAGUUGUUGGUGACCAAACUACAGAAUCCCUUGAUAACUCGAUUGAUAAUAAAUUACAGCAAAAAGAAGAGAUAGACAUUACAAACCAAAUUCCCCAUGAAACUGUUGCAAACAGUCAAAAAAAGAGCUCUGGUGAUCAGCAGGUCAAUAAGAAUCUUUCGAUAGCAGAGAAUCCAGUAGAGGACAUAGUAGAGAGUUCACCUAUUGUGUCAUCGAGUGUAUCUCGCGAUGAAUCGAGGAAAACAGAUGCUACCGAGUAUCACAAACCUACACUCCUUGCUAAGAAUAUUAAGGCUAAGAAACAUGCCAAGUUACAGAUAUGCCGCCAGUGUGAUCAAGUGUUUUCUAAUCGUCAAGCACUUGUAAGGCACAUCGAACGUAGGCACAAAGCUUAUGCGUUUCACUUCAGUUGUGACACAUGUCGAAAGAAGUUUAGUUCAGAGAGAGCACUGACCAGACAUGUUCAGCUCCACAAGACUUACCCAUGUAAAUUGUGUGACACUAUCUUUCUAAGAAAAGCCAAACUGAAAAAGCAUCUUGAAGACCAUGCACAAGAGAGUUUGACAUGCAAAGUUUGUUCAAAGGAAUGCACUUCACUCCAAGCUCUGAUUUCACAUACAAAAACUCAUACACAAAAAAAGAAAGCAAAUAAGUGUGAUGUGUGCUCCAAAAUUUUUGCUAAUAAUCGCAAUUUGCAGGGUCAUAUGAGGACUCACACUGGUGAGAAACCAUUCACUUGUGAUAAUUGUGGUCGUAGUUUUAGUCACCGUAGUAAUAUGCAAGCGCAUCAUGAUACUUGCACUGGUCAGUUCAGCCACAGUUGUCAAUUGUGUGGCAAAGGAUUUGCUCUAGAAUCUUUGUACCAGCGACAUUUAGCUGAGCACGAGGGAUGCUUUGCUCAUCAGUGUUCUAUCUGUGGCCGGGGUUUCAGCAAAGCCUCUGGAUUACAAUCACAUUUACUUACACACAACAGCCAACGUCCAACAUAUUCUUGUCAAAUUUGUGGACAAACUCUGUCAACAGCCUCAAGUUAUAAUUCUCAUAUGGCUAAUCAUACAGGUGAAGGAGGAGCUGUUUGUCCUGUAUGUGGAAAAACUCUUGCUAGACGAUCAGACCUUCAAGAUCAUCUCCAUCGUCAUGCAGGAACUAAAUCUCAUACCUGUAGUGUAUGUCACGCCUCAUUUUAUUACCGAUCCAAUCUCAACCACCACAUGCGAACGACUCACCGCCUCUUGCGCCCUCAUUCGUGCACCUUUUGUGACAGAUCAUUUUCCUCAAGUUAUAACUACAAGUUGCAUCUUCGAACACACACUGGUGAAAGACCCCAUCAGUGUAAGUCAUGUGGCAAAGCUUUUACAACCAAGGCUAAUUAUAAUCGGCAUUUAAAAUGUCAUGUGACACAAGUGAUGGUUCCUUUAAAUGCUGACACCGAAUGAUAUUGUAUAUGACUGGAUGGUUGUUGGGAAAAAAAAAAAAUGCAAACACUAGCACAUUUUAUUAAAAACACUUUGGUCCUGGGACCUUGAUCACGACAAGUGGUGAUAAAUGACACAAUUACAGAGAAGAACAGGCAAAACAUGUCAACAAAGUUCCUCACUGCAAUUGUCUUAAAAUUUGCUGUAGAAAAUUUUACUUAAAUAUUUGUAAAGUUCAUGUUGAUCAUGUCUCUGUUUUCUGUACUUUAUUUUUUAUUUCUCUAUAAAUCAUUUUCUCUGUAAAUCAUUUUGCUUGCAGUUGCAUGCAAUUUUAAGAAGUCAUAUAUAUAAUUGCUGCACAAGUAUGUGCAUGUGCUUGUGUGAGAGCCUUUAACUUUAUAUUUCAGAUAUAGUAGUUCCAUUUUGGCGAUGAGUAUGAAGUCAUCUUUUUUUUUUUUAACACGUCAUCUGUUUCUCACCAAGGCAGGGUGACCCAAAAAGAAAGAAAAAACUUUAAUCAUCAUUAAACACUUGCACCAUCACUCAAACAUAAUCACUUUUUGCAAAGGCACUCAGAUACGACAGCUUAGACGUCCCUCUAAACUGCCCCCUCCUUUAAAGUGCAGGCAUUGUACUUCCCAUUUCCAGGACUUAAGUCCAGCUAAUUGGUUUCCCUGAAUCCCUUCACAAAAUAUUACCCUGCUCACACACCAACAGCUCAUCAGGUCUCAAAAACCAUUCAUCUCCAUUCAGUCCUACCUAACACGCUUGCUGGAAAUCUAAGCCCCUUGCCCACAAAACCUCCUUUACCCCCUCCUUCUAGCCUUUUGGGGACAACCCCUACCCUGCCUUCCUUCCUUACAGAUAUAUAUGCUCUCCAAGUCAUUCUACUUUAUUCCAUUCUCUCUAAAUGACCUAACCACCUCAACAAGCCUUCUUCAGCCCUCUGACUAAUACUUUUAGUAACUCCACACCUCCUAAUUUCCACACUGAAUUCUCUGCAUAAUAUUUACAUCACAUAUUGCCAUUAGGCACGACAUCACUGCCUCCAACCUCCUCACUGCAGCAUUUACAACCCAAGCUUCACGCCCACAUAAGAGUGUUGGUACCACUAUACACUUGUACAUUCCCUUCUUUGCCUCCAUGGGUAACGUUCUUUGUCUCCACAGAAACCUCAAUACACUACUCACCUUUUUUCUUUCAUCAUUUCUGUGGUUUACCUCAUCCUUCAUAAACCCAUCCGCUGAUAAAUCAACUCCCAAGUUUAUCUGAAAACAUUCACUUCUUCCAUACUCCCUCCCUCCAGUGUGAUACCCAAUUUUUCUUUAUCUAAAUCGUUUGAUACCCUCGUCUCCUCACUCUUAUCUAUGUUCACUUUCAACUUUUUACCUUAACACACCCUCCCAAACUCAUCCACUAACCCUUGCAACUUUUCUUUAGAAUCUCCCAAAAGCACAGUAUGUAUCAUCAGCAAAAAGUUUAUCGUUACUAAUUCAAGUUUGACUGUAAAAGAUAAUGAAAACAUCAGUUGUUAUUUUUAUUAUUAUAUAGGUGCUUCUUGACUUACAAUGGGGUUGUAUUCCAACAAAUCCAUCGUUAGUCAAAAAUAUUGUAAGUUAAAUAUGAAUGCGAUAUGCUAAAUAAAUAAAUAAUAACUACUGUCACUGAAUAAGUAAAGAAAUAAUUACUGUAACUAAAUACUACCAGUAUUUAAAAGUAAAUCAGUGAAUACAAGUUACAGAGCUCCUGUCUUCAUGCACUCUCUUGCUCACUCACUCUCUUGCACUCUCUCACUCUCACUCUUGCACUCUCUCACUCUCUUGCACUCUCU